AUGGCACCAUUUUCUGGAGCAUCAGAGACCGCUGCUUUAGGAUCAGGAACCAUUUUACCCUCAUCUGGAGCAUCAGGGACCACUGGACCAUCACCUGGAAGAUCAGCAGUAACUGGAUCACAUGUUAUUUUUUGGGAGACAGAUGCGGUAUUAUCUGGAGCAAAAGGAACUGCAGUUAUAGGUUCAGGAACCAGUUUACCAUCAGUUGAGGGAUCAGGGACCACUAGAUCACUACCUGGAGGAUCAGGGACAAGUGGACUGACUGGUUUAAGUUCACAGAUAACUCAGCAAUUAUCUGGAACAACAGGGAGUAAUGUUAUAAGAUCAGGAACUAGUUUACCCUCAUCUGGAGCAUCAGGGAACCCUGCAAUAUCACCUGGAAGAUCAGCAGCAACUGGACCACCUGUUGUAGGUUCAGAGACAUUUGGACCAGUAUCUGGAGCAAUAGGCACCACUCUUAUAGGAUCUGGAGACAGUUUAACAUCAUUUGAAAGAACAGCCUCUACUAGAUCAAUUCCUGGAGGAUCAGGGAGAACUGGACUAUCAGUUGUAGGUUCAGAGACAACUGUGUCUCUAUUUGAAGCAACAGGGACCACUGUUAUUGCAUCAAGAGCCAGCUUGCCAUCAGCUGAAAGAUCUGCCACCAGUAGUUCAAUACAUGCAGGGUCAGGGACAAGCGGACCAUAUAUUGUAGGUUCAGACACAAGUGCACCAUUAUCUAGAGCAACAGGGACCACUGCUAUAGGAUCAGGAACUGGUUUACCAUCAGUUGAAGGGUCAGAGACCACUAGAUCAGUACCUGGAGGGUCAAGGACAAGUGGACCACGUGGUGUAAGUUCAAAGACAAUUGCAUCUUUAUCUGGAGCAACAGAGACUAAUGUUAUAGAAUCAGGAACUAGUUUACCCUCAUCUGGAGCAUCAGGGACCCCUAGAUCAUUGCCUGGAGAAUCAGCAGCACCUGAACCACCUGGCGUAGGUUCAGAGACAACUGCACCAUUAUCUGUAGGAAAAAAGACUACUAUUUAUGGAUUAGAGACCAUUUUACCCUCGUCAGUAACAUCGGCGAACCCUGGAUCAUUAUCUGGUGGAUCACCAACCCCUGGAUCACCUGGUUCAAGUUCAGAGACAACUGCACCAUCAUCUGGAGCAAGAGCAACCACUGUUAUAGGAUUAGUAACAAGUUUACCAUUAGUUGAAGGAUCAGCGACCACUAGAUCAAUAUUUGGAGGAUCAGAGACAAGUGGACCAUCUGUUGUAGGUUCAGAGAUAACUGCACCAUUAUCUGGAGCUACAGGGACAACUGUUAUUGUGUCAAGAACCAGUUUGUCAUCAGUUGAAGCAUCAGCCACCACUAGUUCAACACCUGGAGAAUCAGGGACAAGUCAACCAUAUGUUGUAGGUUCAGAGACAAGUGCACCAUUAUCUGCAACAACAGGUACCACUGUUAUAGGAUCAGGAACCAGUGUACCCUCAUCUGGAGCAUCAGGGACUCCUGGAUCAUUGCCUGUAGGAUCAGCACCAACUGGGCCACCUGGUGUAAGUUCAGAGACAACUGCACCAUUAUCUGGAGCAAAAAGGACCACGGUUAUAGGAAGAGGAACUAGUUUACCAUCAGUUGAAGGAUCAGUCACCACGAGAUCAAUACCUGGAGGAUCAGGAACAGCUGGGUCAUCUUUUGUAGGUUCAGAGACAGCUACACCAUUAUCUGGGGAAAUAGGGACGACUGUUAUGGGAUCAGGGACAAGUUUACAAUCAGUUGUAGGAUCAGGGAUAACUGGAUCCACAGUUGUACUGUUAGGAACAACUAGAACCUCUAUUGUAAGUUCAGGGACAAGUGAAUCAUUAUCUGGACCCUCAGAGACAACUGGAACAUCAAUUGAAAGAUCAGGAACAACUAGUUCAGUAUCUGGAGUGACAGGAACCAAUAGAAUCUCUGUUGUAAAUUCAGGUAUAACUACACUAUCAUCUAGAGCAACACUGACCCCUGAAUCAUCGCCUGGAGGAUCUGUAUCAACUGAAUCACCUGAUGUAGGUUUAGGGACAACUGGAUCAUUAGCUGAAGCAUCAUCGACAACUGAAACAUCAGCUGAAGAAUCAGGCAAAACUGGAACUUUUUUUGCAGGUACCAGGACAACUGGAUUAUCAGCUGGAAGUUCAGGGACAACUGGGCCACCAUCUGGAGAAAGAGAGACCACUGUUAUUGAAUCAAGAGCAAGGGGAUCAUCAGCUGAAGCAUCACGGACAACUGGAUCGGCAGGUGGACUAACAAUAACCACUAGAACAGUUGGUAUAGGUUCAGGGGCAAGUGCACUAUCAUCUGGAGUGACAAGGACAACAAUAACAUCCAGUGUAGGUUUAGGGACAACUGGAUCAUCAUCUGGAGAAACAGGGACCACUGUUGUUGAAUCAGGAACAAGUGGACCCUCAGGUGAAGGAUCAGGGACAACUGCAUCACCAGAUAGAUUGACAAGAACAACUAAAAUCUCUGUUGUAAGUUUAGGGACUACUGGACCAUCAACUGGAGUGCUGUGGAAAACACGAACAUCUAUUGUAGGUUCAGGAACAACAGGACCAGCAGUUGAAGUAUCAGGGACAGCUGGACCAUCAUCUGGAGGAUCAAGGACAACUAGAACAUCAAUUAAAGGAUUUGGAACAACUGGUUCAUUAGCUGGAGUUACAGGAACAACUAUAAUCUAUGCUGAAAUUUCAGGGACAGCUGAACCAUUAUCUGGGGUGACUAGGACUCCUGUAUUAUCACCAGGAGGAUCAGCAUCAACUGGAACAAGUGUUGUAGGGUCAGGGACAACGGGAUCAUCAGGUGGAGAUUUAUGGAGAACUGGACCAUCAACUGGGAAAACAGGAACCACUGGAUCAUCACCUGGAGAAUCAGUGUCAGGUGGUAUUUCUGCUGUAGGUUCAGGGACAACUGUACCAUCACCUGGAGUCACAAGGACAGCGGGAGUUUCAGAGACCACUCGAUCAUCUGUUAUAGGAUCUGAGACAACCAGACCUGCAGUUGAAGGAUCAGGGACAACUGGAUCAACAGCUGGACUGACUAUAACCACUAGGACAUCUGUUGUAGUUUCAGGGACAACUGGACCAUCAUCUGAAGUGACAAGGACAACAAUAACAUCUGGUGUAGUUUCAGGGACAAUAGGACCACCAUCUGGAGAAACAGAGACCACUGUUAUAGGAUCAGGAGCAAGUGGAUCAUCAGCUGAAGGAUCACAGACAAGUGGAUCAACACCUGGAAUGACAAGAACCACUGGAACAUCUAUUGUAGGUUCAGAGCCAACUGCACCAUUAUCUGGAGCAUCAGGGACAACUGGAUCAUCACUUGGCCUGACUGCCACAACUAGCUUCUCUGUCGUAGGCUCAGGGACAAUGGAAGCAUCAACUAGAGAAUCAUGGACAACAAGCCCAGGAGAUGUAACUUCAUCAACCAUUGUAUUGUCAGCUGGUGCUUCAGGAACAACUAGACCUGGAGUAACAAGGACAAGUAGACCAUCUGUUGUAGGUUCAGAGACAGCUAGUCCGUCAUCUGGAGAAACAGGGGUAACUAUUAUAGGAUCAGGGUCAAGUGGAUCAUCAGCUGAAGGAUCAGAGACAACUGGAUCAACAGCUGGACUGACUAUAACCACUAGGACAUCUGUUGUAGGUUCAGGGACAACUGGACCAUCAUCUGGAGUGACAGGGACAAAAAUAAUAUCUGGUGUAGGUUCAGGGACAACUGGGCCACCAUCUGGAGAAAGAGGGACUACUGUUAUUGAAUCAAGAGCAAGGGGAUCAUCAGCUGAAGCAUCACGGACAACUGGAUCAGCAGGUGGACUAACAAUAACCACUAGAACAUCUGGUAUAGGUUCAGGGGCAAGUGCACUAUCAUCUGGAGUGACAAGGACAACAAUAACAUCCAGUGUAGGUUUAGGGACAACUGGAUCAUCAUCUGGAGAAACAGGGACCACUGUUGUUGAAUCAGGAACAAGUGGACCCUCAGGUGAAGGAUCAGGGACAACUGCAUCACCAGAUGGAUUGACAAGAACAACUAAAAUCUCUGUUGUAAGUUUAGGGACUACUGGACCAUCAACUGGAGUGCUGUGGAAAACACGAACAUCUAUUGUAGGUUCAGGGAUAACUGGAUCAUCAACUGGAGUAUUAGAGACAAUUGAUACAUCAGCUGAAGGAUCGAAGACAACUAGACCAUCAACUGGAAGAUCAUGGACAACUGGGACACCAGUUGAAGGAUCUGGAACAACUGGAUCAUCAACUUUUACAACCACAGGGGCCAGGAGGACAACUUGGGGGCCAGGAAGUGAGGUUACCACAUAUGAAGGUGGAAUCAGUAGAUCAGUAGGAACUACCAGAGGUGCUGGUAGUGGAGGCCUAGUUGGAGCAUCAAGCUUUGGAACCACUUCUGCUGGGAACCAAGCAGGCUCCGAUAAUGCAAUUCCACCAGAACCUGUUGUAGAGGCUACAACAUCCAGAGAAGAUACUGGUACUGCUGGAAUUGGAUUCCAGACAGAAGGAGAAAGUGAAACAACCAGAGUUGGAAUAGCCAAAGGUACUACAGGUAGAGUCUCUGGAAAAACUCUGGAACCUGGAAGUUACAACACAGAGGUCACCACUUCCACGAGAAGAAGUGGGACCACCCAACCAGAACUUCCAGGAGGUAUCACCAUGGUUUUACCUGGAGCCAGCAGCAGUUCACAGAGUUCCAUGUCAGGCAACUCUGUCACCACUCUAGGGAGCCCAGGGUCUGGAAGUGAAACAGGUACUUCAGGAGAAUUCUCUAAGACAACCAUAUCUGGAAGUUCCCACACAGAGGCCACAAGAUUAAUAGGAGGCAGUGGCACACCUGUAACUGGACUCAGACCUGGUAUCACUGGAGAAUUGUCUGGAACAACCAUUGCAUCUGAAAUUUCUAACACCGGUAGUAUUCCAAAUUCCCAGACUUCAUCAUUAUCCUAUUUCUUCCCUCAGGGGCCACAAUUUCCACAGAAGAGACUAGAACUGGAGCUCAAACAGACUGCUCUACCAGGGAGCCAGGUCUCUGAGAGUCAAACAGGUACCAGUGGUGUAGUCUCCAGCCCAGCUAUUACAUCUGGAAGUUCCAGCACUGGUACCAAGGGUAUGGCCUCAGGUACCACUGUUGAACCUGGAAGUUCCAAUAUCGGUAUCACCACGAAAUUAAAUGAUGGAAAGACAGUCCCAGAGGGUUCUAUUUCAGGAGCUACCACUGGAGUAUCAAUAAAUGAAGAAACUGGAAACACAUUAGGUACCACAAGGGUAGCUUCUGGCACUACACUUGAACCUAGGAGUUCAAACACAGGGGGAUCUAGUAGUGAAGUCACUGGCAUUCAAACAGGUACUACUGGAGUGUAUCGUGGUAGUACCAUCUCACCUUGGAGUUCCAACACAGGAGCCACCACUGGCACAUCUGAGAGGCCAAGUCCUGGAAGUGAAAUAGGUACCACUAGUGUAGUCUCUGACACAACAGUUGCAUCUGGAAACUCUAACACAGGGGCCACAACUUCUUUGGGAAGUGGUGAAACCACCCAGGGUAGAAUUAAAAUAGUUACCACGAGGGUGACUACUGGCACAACUAUCGCACCUGGGAAUAUACAGGAGGAAGGAAGUACCACUGGGACAGGCUCUAGGACAUCCUCACCUGGAAGUUUCAAAACAGAAGCCACAACUUUUAAAGAAUAUGUUGGAAACACUGAAGCAGGAAUUUCAUCAGGCAAUAGCCUGGAAUCAGUAGGAGUCACCAAUAGCCAAGAAGUUACCUCCAAGGAAACAUCUGAAACAACCAGUGCUCCUGUAAUUUCUACCACAGGCUCCACCUCAGUGUCAAAUGGAAUCACAACAAGCCCCAAAGUGUCCUACCCAGAAACCACUGUAGUAGCAACAGGAGAUCAAGAAAAUGAAAAUAAAACAGGAUGUCCAGUAUCACUUCCACCGCCUCCAGUUUGUCAUGGUCCACUGGGAGAAAAGAAGUCUCCUGGAGACAUAUGGACUGCCAAUUGCCACAGAUGCACCUGUACAAAUGCAAAGACCGUAGACUGUAAACCCAAGGAGUGUCCUUCUCCACCCACAUGCAAAACUGAAGAGAGGCUUGUAAAGUUCAAAGCUAAUGAUACCUGUUGUGAAAUCGGGUACUGUGAACCAAGAACAUGUUUAUUUAAGAAUAUCGACUAUGCGGUUGGUGCUUCAUUUGGUGACCCCAGCAACCCAUGUGUCUCCUACUUCUGCCACAGCACAGGUUUCGUUGCGGUGGUACAAGACUGCCCAAAGCAGACUUGGUGUGCAGAAGAAGCCAGAGUCUAUGAUUCAAAUAACUGCUGCUAUACAUGUAAAACUAAUUGCAGAUCUUCACCUGUGAAUGUGACUGUUAACUACAAUGGUUGCAAGAAAAAAGUUGAGAUGGCAAGAUGCACAGGGGAAUGCAAAAAGACUCUCAGGUAUGAUUAUAAUAAAUUUCAGUUGAAAAAUUCAUGCCUUUGCUGCCAAGAAGAAAACUACGAGUUCAGAGAAAUUGUUCUUGACUGUCCUGAUGGCAAUACAAUACCUUACAGAUACAGGCACAUCACGACGUGUUCCUGCUUAGACAUGUGCCAACAAUCUAUGACCUCAACAGUCAGUUAA